GGCGUUUACCUGAAACAACCAUGGCUCAGAGGCGAUAUACCGUGUUUCUUAUCCUUCUUAUGUUGGAUCCCAGAUAUUAUAUCCAAGUUGCCGAGAUGAGCGAAAGUGAUCUGAAAGCCAAAUUUUCAGAGUACUGUGAGUUUGGAAAGGACACAAUCAGUGUUAAAAACCUGACCAGAAUGUUUACAGAUUGCGACCUGUUUAACGCAAAGUUUAGUUUAAAUCAGUUAGAAAUCUUAUUCGCUAAGGUAAAAGGAAAGGGGUCAAGGGAAAUAAACUUUCAGGACUUUGAGGCUUUGCUGGGCAAUAUAAAACUUAACGAUGCAUAUGACUAUCACUCUGAUAUUAUUAGAGCCAAGAUUGCAGGUUGUGUUAGACCCUGGUACAGCUCGAAAAACUUGCGCAGAGAACAUUGGGAUAGAAUUGAUGAGUCUGGUAAUGGCAGGGGGUUUGGAGGACGUGAAGAUGUUGCUGACAACAGUGGAUAUGGUGGAGGUUACCAGGGCGCUGGAACAUAUGACCCCAAGCACUGA